UAGCGCGCGGCAAUACGAACUAAAAGAGCGGGAAAGACGAACCGAAGAAGAAACUGCCCGUGUAGUGAACUACAGUACAACAAUGUAAACAGUUAUUAUUUAAUUAGAAAUUAAGCCAUAUUUGAGGAAAAGAAAUCCGUAAAACAUUUACUUAACAUCAUGGGCAAGCGGAAGAGAAACCCGGACAUGAGGUGUGUGUUAUUCCCAGACGAUGUGAAAGACACUUUCAAAAAGGCCGGAAAAGCAUCUGCCAGAACAUCCACACCUGCUACGAAGUCCUGGGAGAGAUGUGGGGACAGUUUCCUGGACACUUCUGUCAUUCAGAAGCUGCAAACGUCAGAGAAGAAGAGCAGGAAUGCACAUAAAGUGGCUCUGACGUCUGUUACUGGCGAUAGGGAUGCUGGCACAGAUGAACCAGUGCACAUUGCCUGGAGCUCCAGUGAUGAGGAAGAAUCAGAUGGUGAUAGUCGUCUUCCUCCUCGACUGAAUGUCACACAGGCACCGCAGCCGCCCAGGGCACACAAACAACAUCCUCUAGACUCUUGCAGAAGUCUGCGGAUGUUCAGCACUGGUGUAGAGACAGAUGACCUGCCCUCUAUUGAUUCAGACAGUGAGAUAGAAGAGGAGAAUUCAGCUUCAAAAGGACAUACUGACUUUCUAAAUCCCGUUGGGUCACCAACCCAGAUUUCCGACUACUCCUCUUACGAUGAUAAUGAUGAAGAUCCAGAAGAUAGCAGAGCGGACUCAUCCCUUCAGGAUGCAGCCGAGUCCAGCAGGCAGUCGGUCAGCGAGUGGGUCCGAUCUGCUCAGGCGAUUCUUCAGACACCUCAGAAACAAACCCCUAAUAGCAUCAAGACCCCAGAGGACUCGAGUAAAAAGAGGAGGAGGUUCGAAAGGGGAGGUCUUGCUGAAAGGCUGAACCGACUCCACAGCAGGCAAAAAUCAGCCAUCAGCUUCUGGAGACAUCAGUGCAACUCAACCACAUCAGCUGCUGAGAGGCCAGGGGUCUUGAUGCUGAGGAUUCUGGGAGUUCGGGAGGAAUGUGGCAUGCAGGCUGCUGUGUGUGACAGGCUGCCAGAAGGAGAAAAGUGUGUGGCUCUUUUCAGCAAGGACACGGCCGCCCAGUUACAGCCUGCACCCGGAGACAUCGUCCACAUCUAUCCACCAUGGCAGAAUCUUGUUGUGGAGGGUGAACGUUAUCCCAUAAUUCUCAACACCCACUUCAGUCAGAAAGUCUGUGAAGAGACUAAGCUGGAUAACGCAGAUGGUCCGAGAGCCGCGGUCACUGUGGAGAAAUGCAGACCUCCGCCGUUAACCAGGAGCCUGUGGUGGUCUGGGACGAGCCAAGUGUCAUCCAUUCCCUGUAAACAGGUCGGUGAGUUGAACAGAAGCGGCGUUCGGAAGUCUCUGCUGGAUGCAGUGGAGGAUUGUGGGUCAUCGGGCUCUCAGAGCGGUCCUGUUGAGGUGGUCGUUCAGAGGGUCUACUGCAUACCCAUCACCCAGUCUUUACCCAGAACUUCUCUCCAGCACAGAGCGCUUGAUAAACCUCCACCAGAAUCAGCACUGCCGCAACACAUUGGCAGGUUGUGUGCUCUAGUUCAGGACAGUUAUGGGAUGUUCGGUGAGGUUCUUCUGCACUGUGUGUCCACAGAAUCAGAGAUCCAGCAGAACUCGGAGCAACUGGAGGGCCAUGUGUGUCUCCUCCAGGCCCUGAGAGUCGUCCAGCGUCUCACACGUGAAAAAUGUUCUGUGCUCUUCAGUUUGAUUGACAGUUUGUGGCCUCCUCCGGUUGAUCCAAAAUCUCACGACGAUCUUCUGCAGUCUCCCAGUGAUGGCGUCCCACCGCCCUGUUUCUGCUAUAGGCUGAGCAUCCAGCUGAAAAACAUGGUUCUGUUAUCAGGACAGACUGAAUCUCCACUGUACCGACCACCUGUACUUCAGACGCUAAGAGAGAUCCUUCAGGAUAAAUCUUCAAGGCGUCGUUGCAGCUUUCGGGCCACUGUGGUUCAUAAACAAUUACUGAGCUCAAAUGCAGGUGAGAGGGAGAUGCUGCUGUUUGUGACCGAUCCCAGUCUCCAAAGGGAGCCAAACACAGACGGGAACAGGAGAACCGUAGCUGUGUGUCUGAGCCGGUCCUGCCUGAUCCAGAGCUCAGUCACACAGGCCCUGGAUGCCCUGCAGACACAGCCUGUUCUGAUGUUCAGAGACGCUGUGGAGGAGAAUGCGCAGAUAUUCUGCUGGGAACAGACGGUGAUCCAACUGGAGCCAGAGAACUCAUCCUUCUCCAUACCACGGCCCAUCAUACUGGACCACCUGGGUCCAGAAACCCCCCCAUACUCUCUCUGCACUGUCACAGGUGUGGUUGUAGCAGUGGAUGAAAACACAGCGUUCUCCUGGCCCACCUGCAGCUGUUGCGAGAGCUGCCAUUUAGAGACUCGAGAAUAUCAGAAAGGAUUCCUCUGUUUAGCAUGUGGAGCAGUGGUGGAUGAACCCACCACAAAGAUGCAGCUGGAGGUGUUUCUGAGCUGCUCCCCACUGAGUCACUGCACCAUCAAAGUCAAGUUGCAGCAAAAGACCAUUCAGUCUCUUUUAAACUCAAGCUGUACUGAGGGUUACAGUGUGGAAAAUGUUCUUGGGUCGGAGAUCGGUCCUCUCAGCGUCUUCGUCCACGUCGUCAACAGAAGUCACACUGUUUGGAUGGGUUUGGAGGAGUGUGACCUGCACUGACUAGCACACUUAUUUGUUCAUUUCACGGUUUAAAAAGAAUGAUUAGUCAACACUAGUCUUGCCUUAUUUCCAAAUGUUUGUAAAUAAACCAAAAAUGUGUAGAGUGCUAAAAUAACGGAUCAUUCUGGAGUCUGUAGUAUCUGAGUAUUUUGAAACAAGAAAUAAUAAUAUCAGUAUGAAAGAUGCUCAUGUGAUGUCCAGUAUCGGCUGAUAAAAUAUAUUUUUGUUGUCAAUCAAAUGAUGGCAUCUGUAUUAUGGUGGUGUUUAAGUUAAUUGUAUAGUAAUUGCUCUCUAUGAAAGCUGAACUCCUACAUUCACUAUAAAUAAACGUUUUAUGCCAUCAAAUAA